AUAACAAUAAAAAGGAAGGUGGUAUAAAACAGAAGGUAACAGGGUUUGGACGUGGAUGGUUCAAGCAGGCGACAACCUCGGCUCAGUGUCUCUGAACUGCAAAACCCCAAUACCCUUUCUCGCACAAUUUCAUUUUUUUAUUUGCUUAUGCUUUUUAUGAAGAUUCACCUUCUGCCCCUUUGAUUUCCAUAAGAGAAUUUCACACACACACAAAGAGAGAGAAAAACUGCUCCUUCCUUUUUGCAGAGGUAGCCAUGGAACAAGGAGAAGGAGGAAGCACCAGGAGGAGAGGGAAAGAGGGUGAAGCCACGCGCUACAAAGGAAUCAGGAUGAGGAAGUGGGGCAAGUGGGUCGCUGAGAUUCGGGAACCCAACAAGCGUUCACGGAUUUGGCUCGGCUCCUAUUCCACGCCCGUCGCGGCGGCGCGUGCUUACGACACCGCUGUUUUCUAUCUUCGGGGGCCCUCCGCCCGCCUCAACUUCCCCGACCUUCUCGCCGUUGAGGGUCCUGUAGCCGCUGCCUCCGACAUGUCUGCUGCCUCCAUCAGGAAGAAGGCCACCGAGGUCGGCGCCAGAGUCGACGCGCUCCACCGCCAGCAACCGCAUGCUCCCGUCGCAGGAGAAUUCGCCGACCGGGUCGACCUCAAUAAGACACCCGAACCCGAAAAUUCGGAUUGUGACUGGGAUGGGGAUUAGAAGCUUCUACGCCCUUCUUAGCACCGAGUGUUGGGGUGGUUGCUAAUGUGCGCCGCUCCGAGAGGAGGUUACAGUGGAGCAAGGUGAUGAUGAUCGUGACAUGAGGCUCCUUUCUGUUGUGUAACUUGUUGUUUUACUUUUUCAUCUGGAUUUCACAAAGGAAUUUUGGUGCUGUCAAAUUUUUAAAUGUAAAUUACUUCAUCAUCCACCUCCUCUUACCUUGUUGCUUUUCAUUGCUUAAUUUUAAGUUUAGAAGUUUCAGAAGUACAA